GUCGAGAUCUACCGCGGUAACGGCGGAGCGGACGAGCGCGGGAAGUGUUCGCGAAUAUUUAUCUUAUUUAUCUGAAUGCGCGCGAGAAAGAAAAGGAACUACAACAUGACUUAGGAGCACGAGUUAAAUAUCCAAAUAGAUUUAAUCCUGUCAAUUAAAUCUGUUUGAUGAAAUCCGAUGACGCUCAAUCAGGAUCGGAAAGUUGAUCGAUCGAGGUCUAUCACGGAGCAGUCGGGCGCUAAAGAAGAGGAACUGAAGUAUGAUUGGACCACGAACUGAAUAAUUUAUAUAGCCAAAUGGAUUCAAUCGGCAGGCCUAUCGCUAUCAAGUUUUCCACAUUAUGAAGAUGGCUCAUUGGUGUUUGUUUACGUGUUUCGUUUCGCGAUCGUCUGAUAAAUUGCGAUUCGAUGGAAUUGUUCGAAUAAGUAAACCACUGGAUUGUAAGAUUGAUCGUGACAAAUAUCGAUUUUACAAGAAGCUUAGUGAGGUGCGGUAGUGGUGAAAUUUACAUCACUUGGUGCCGGUGCGAAUUCGUUCGAACUACCUCGCGGUGGCUCGCUUGGUUGAAAUGACGGUUGCCACUAAUUUUUCGAUGAUGCGACCAUGUUUCUCUGGAUAUUCAUUUCAAGAUUUAGGAUCGAUACCAGGUCAGGGGCGAGUGAAUCAGUUAGGAGGUGUUUUCAUCAAUGGACGACCGCUACCUAAUCACACUCGACUGAAAAUCGUUGAGAUGGCUGCGUCGGGAAUUAGGCCGUGCGUAAUUUCAAGACAACUGAGGGUGUCCCACGGAUGUGUAUCGAAGAUACUAAAUCGCUAUCAAGAAACAGGAAGCAUCAGGCCUGGUGUGAUCGGUGGGAGUAAACCGCGAGUGGCCACGCCGGAAGUGGAGGCGAAGAUCGAGCAAUAUAAACAGGAUAAUCCGGGUAUGUUCUCAUGGGAAAUCAGGGAUCGUCUUAUCAAAGAUGGCAUCUGCGACCGGGCCAGCGCGCCAAGUGUGUCCGCUAUUUCUCGCCUGCUCAGAGGCCGCGAUACCGAAAACGACGUCAAACUCGGAGACGGUAAAACUAGUUCCGGAUCAGAUUGCGAAAGCGAACCGGGAAUCCCGCUGAAAAGAAAGCAGCGUAGGAGCAGGACGACCUUUACCGCUCAACAAUUAGACGAAUUAGAACGAGCCUUUGAAAGGACUCAAUAUCCUGACAUUUACACUAGAGAGGAGCUUGCUCAAAGAACAAAGCUAUCGGAAGCUAGAAUCCAAGUUUGGUUCAGUAAUAGAAGAGCUAGAUUGAGAAAGCAAAUUUCUUCGACGGCCUCCGGCAGCUACGUCGGUUCCGUGGCGUAUCCGGCUGCUUCGUACGUUUUGCACCCGCCGGGACCACCUCAUCCUCACGCGGGUGCGGCCGUACCGCCGGGCCAUCCUCAUUCUCAUCCUCACGGUCAGAGUUUGCCAGAUGCUGCGUUUUCCUCUGGCCAAGUUCCAGAACUGUACUCGUCUCAUCAUUCGUCAAUGUCGCAUCAAUUGGCGACGGAUUCCGCGGCACGCCUGCCUCCGUCCGUGGCAUCGACUUCGAGUUACAGUUUCCCGGCCACGGUGACUUAUCCCAAUCCAUUGUUGCCGACUUCGUCGACAACGACUCAUAUUAGUCACCCAGGGCCCUCAACGUCAUCUAGCUACCAGCAGACGAGCAGCCACCAGCUGUCACCGACUCCGAACUCUCUCGUCACCAUGAUGGGACCAAAUUCUAGCAAUUCGAAUUCCGCUACCGAUCAAUUGAAUUCGUCAGAACUCCCGAUUAGCUCGGUUUCGCCUGCUCAGCAGCAGCAAGCGCAACAACAAAACAAUCAGGGAACCACGUCGCCGUCGUGGAAUCUCGCGAUUACAGCGAGCGGCAGUAGAGUGAAUCUCCAGAGUCCGCCGUCGGGUCUGCAGCAACCUCACGCCUACAGUGCUCAUCCCCAUCAGGCGUUCGCCAAUCAUUAUACCGCGCAAGGCUUUCAACAGCCAGCCAGACCUGCGCCACAAUCUUUUCACGUUUCGUGGUUUUAAAGGAUGAUCUCGCAGAUCGAAAGCCAAAGCUUUGAAGAGAAAUUUUGAAGAGGUAUCUGCUGCGCAUUUUGUUGAUUCAAUGUCAGCAGAAGUCUUGGCAGGACCGAAAAAGUCCUGCCCGGAUCAUCUUAAAUCAAUUAUCGUUAUUCUACAGAAUGAAACAUUAUCAAGAAUAUCAUUAUUGCAACGUGAUUAUCUUGAAAAGUUGACAACACAAAAUAAUUAAUGUUAUUCAAUGUGUCUUGAAGAAGAUAUCGAUAGCAAAAACUGAAGUGUUAAAAGUGGUCGCAGCAUGCUUCGCGCGUCAAAAGCAAACUAUUUCAGUGAUUAUAAUUGUAUGUAAACAUUGUAAAACAUUGUGUAGAGACUCGGUAUCAGAAUAGUCGAAACACUUUCGUUUUCAAUAAGUUAUAGGUGCUAAAAUUGUGACAUUUACGAGUGAGACUUAUAAUGUAAAUAUUAUAUAAUAUUAGCGAAAAAUGAAGAAAACGCGAUUUAUAAUAUAGUUGAGCCUCUCAGAAGCGAAACUGAUCGAUUCCAUGAAACAAAAAAAUAAAAAAAAUUGAUAAACAUUCAAAUUAAUCAAGUACUUUGUUAAAAAAAUUUACAAAACGUGAGGUUGAUCAGUUUGACUUCUAAAAGACUUGUAUAAUAAGAUAUAUAUUUUCUGCAUAAUGUAGCAAAUUAUUAUUUGUACAA